AAACCUAGUUCGAAAAACAUUGCAAACAUGGAGAUGGCUAGAAAAACCUGGGAGUUGGAGAACAACAUCAUUACUCUUCCACCUAGUGAUGAAAUAUUUCGCUACGACGGCGAGCAGCAGCAGCGCAUUCUGACGGCUCGGCCAUGGGAAAAGGAUCCGAACUUCUUUAAAGACAUAAAAAUUUCGGCUUUGGCACUGAUCAAAAUGGUAACACAUUCACGUUCUGGUGGAGCGCUCGAAGUUAUGGGACUGCUGUUGGGGAAGGUAGUGGACGACACAAUGGUAGUAAUGGACGCAUUCGCCUUGCCGGUCGAAGGCACCGAAACGCGCGUCAACGCACAAUCGCAGGCGUAUGAGUACAUGGCAGCCUACAUAGAAUCAGCUAAGGAAGUUGGACGUAUGGAGAACGCAAUCGGAUGGUACCACAGCCAUCCGGGAUACGGUUGCUGGUUAUCCGGUAUCGACGUGAAUACGCAAAUGCUGAACCAAAACUACCAGGAACCUUUUGUGGCCAUCGUGAUCGAUCCUGUUAGGACCGUGUCGGCUGGAAAAGUUUGUCUCGGAGCCUUUCGAACUUAUCCAAAAGGAUACAAACCACCGAACGAAGAACCAUCCGAGUACCAAACCAUACCCUUGAGCAAAAUAGAAGACUUUGGUGUGCAUUGCAAGCAGUACUAUCAGCUCGACGUAACCUAUUUCAAAUCAGCACUGGAUCGUAAGUUGUUGGAUUCGUUGUGGAACAAGUAUUGGAUGAACACACUCGGUAGUUCCGGCCUGCUAAGCAAUCCGGACUACACUACUAGGCAGAUUUUGGAUCUUUCUGAAAAACUUGAGCUGAGCGAGGCCAGUCUUGGACGGGGUCAGUUUAUGACAAGCGGUUCAAUCGAUCCGAAUGAAAAACGAACGGAAGAUAAGCUUUCCAAGGCAAGUCGUGACUGCAGCCGCACUUCAAUUGAGCUAAUCCACGGUUUAAUGGCACAGAUUGCCAAGCAUAAGCUGUUUAACACGGUAAAUACCGGUGCAGCUGCCAAGGGUGCUGAAAAAUCGUCUUAACCUCA